GUGGCCAUUAUCCAUUGCCCAGGUCAUCAAAGAGGGCAAGAUCCUAUAACAAAAGGGAACCAGAUGGCCGACCUUGUGGUGAAGCAGGUAGCCCAGCAGGUAACAAUAUUAACAGAAAAGAGUCAGGCUCCAGUGGAAACUCAAGUUACUGAUAACUCUAACCAUAUUUAUUCGGCUGAUGAUUUUAGGAUAUUGGAAGAUAUGAUUUGCAGAGAACAGACCCAAGAAUUUAGCUUUGGUGAGGUGGCACAGACUAUGGAUGGGCGAGUGAUCCUGCCGAUUAAAGAAGGAAAAGAUUAUGUUCAGAAACUACACCAAUUGACUCAUUUGGGGGCAGAUAAGCUGAAACAACUAGUUAAAGCUUCUAAAUAUCAUGUGUUAAAUUUAAACUCAACAAUCAGACAAGUGGUAGAUACUUGCCAGGCCUGUGCACUCACCAAUGCUGCUAGGCCCUAUCAAGAGUCUGGAAAAAGAAGGCGAGGAGACCGACCAGGAGUCUACUGGGAAGUGGAUUUUAUUGAAAUCAAGCCUGGAAAAUAUGGUAAUAAAUACCUAUUAGUUUUUAUAGACACCUUCUCAGGAUGGGUGGAGGCCUUCCCCACCAAAUCCGAAACUGCUCAGGCGAAACAUACCCUGGCGUUUCGCCUUACUCCUUAUGAAAUUCUACAUGGAGGACCGCCCCCCUUGACCGAGUCUGGUGGGAUAUUGGAUCCCAGUGCUGACUCUUCUUCACCCUCUGCUUUGUUUACCCACUUAAAGGCCUUAGAAGUUGUNAGAACACAGAUCUGGGACCAGAUCAAAGAAGCCUACGCACCAGGGACCUCAACAGUACCCCACGGGUUCCAGGUUGGAGAUUCAGUCCUGGUCACAUGACAUUGUGCCGGCACCCUUGA